AUGGAGGACGACUUUGAGACAGGGGACAUGUUCCAGGACCCCGAGGGGUUCUACCCUGAGGAGAAGCCUCCCACAUUUGCCGAGCAUCAGAUGCUUUCGGGGAAGACGGUGCGCGUGCGUCUCGUGGGCAGCCACCCGCUUUAUGGCAACCUCCUAUGGAACGCGGGUCGAACAAGCUCUCACUAUAUCGAAGAACACACCGACGAGCUUAUCCGCGAUAAAGAUGUUCUUGAGAUUGGCGCCGCCGCGGGUGUGCCCAGCAUUGUGAGCGCCAUUCAAGGCGCUCGCACCGUCGUUAUGACCGAUUACUAUGACCCAGAGCUCGUUGUAAAUAUGCAGUAUAAUGCCGACCUGGCCGUUGAUAUGAUCCCCAAGCGCACCGAUUCUCAGAAGCGGCUGCAUGUGGAGGGAUACAAAUGGGGUAGCCCAGUUGAACCGCUGCUGGCAUAUAUCCCUCCCCCCACCGCCGGGGAGCCCUCUGGAUUCGAUGUGUUAAUCAUGGCGGAUGUGAUUUACAACUACCCUGAGCAUGCGAAUCUGGUCAAGACCAUGCAGCAGACUUUGAAGAAAACCCCCGAGGCCGUUGCCUUAGUGAUAUUCACUCCCUAUGAGCCAUGGCUGCUACCCCAGACCGAGAGGUUCUUUCCGCGGGCGGAAGAGGGAGGUUUCACUGUGACCAAGAUCUUUCAAAAGCUUAUGGACGAGGUGCUAUUUGAGAAUGACCCUGGCGAUGAGACUCUUCGGAAGACGGUCUUUGGAUAUGAGCUUCGCUGGAAGCCGGAUCAACUGGGUGAUAGUCUACUCAAGACCAUUUAA